CGUGGAAGAUUAUUUUUAACCCUAAACUAAACCUCAAACUUUCCCUCCAGACACGUCACAACUGCAUCCAACACCCCACCACAAAAAGAGAAAACCAACUCCAACUCUUCACUUGUCGCAAGAAAGAUAGAUUGUAAUAAGACGGAGCACCCUUUGAUCAGUACAAGAUCCAUCAUGUUGCUCUCAAGGUGUGCAACUGCCAGAGUCACAAGAUCACUGUUGUGGAACCAUCCUACGAAAGACUGCUCUGGCUUCUCAAGACCUCAAAGACAAUGGUUGAGUCUCGGUGCUCGCCACAAAAGUCCCUACCGAAGGAAACAACUCGAGGAACGAGCCAGAGAGUCGGCCAAUGGCGGCAGCAGCUCAUCAGAUGUGGUGUUCCAAGUGGACAAACGCAAGUUUAUCGGAUUGGGGCCCCUUGUGCUUGUCGGUAUUGGAUUUGGGUUGUAUGGCUUGGUAUUUGCCAAUCAGUAUCUUGCCAAUCGAUCACGGGACGACAUUAACCAGCAAUACGAGGAACUAUACGCAGAGUUUGGAGACCCUGAUCAACUGGGAGACAAAUACAAGGACACCACGCCAUUGUUUCCGUGCCUCGUGAGGCUACGGUCGCGCGUAUUUUCCGAAUUGGGUCCUGUCAGAGUGGGCGAAGUGGUAGAUGUGCUAGCCGAAGGAGUUGGGAAGAAUGAAUCCCUCAACAUUUGUCGGACACGGCCUCGGAAUCCAGAUGAAAAUCCAACAAUUUGCCUCUUUCCAAUGGGUUGCCUCCAGCGAAUCGAUCCACAGGAGUAGUAGCUUUCCCAGUUAGUUCCAUAGGGUAUCAACAAAACUGGAGUAUUCUCGUGGCCAUCGAAAAGCUGCCUGCAAUAGAGCCAAAUCAUCCCGUAAAAUUGUUCUCCAAACGACCUGAUUAGAACCAUUAGAAAAGCCAACCAAUCAUCAGAUUUCCUCGAAGGCAACAGCGAUAAGUAAAGUAACUAGGAAGGGCUCAUUGCAUUCAUAGGCGUUCUGGGAUCUAGGCAACCGGAAUUGCUUGGCAGGGUAGAUUAACUCGGGCAAACGGCAGUAUUUGAGCACGCUCUCACUUUUGGCUGCAUUCGAUUGGUAACCAAUGCCUAUUACUUUAUAGUGUCCUGCCGUUACUUCGUUUGGUUCUUUCCGAUGCGACUUUUACUAUUCCUACUAGAAAUGCAACUUUAUGUACU